UAUAAGAUAAGAAUGACUAUUCAACAUUUCUACAGAAAGCCAGCUUUGUCUGAGGCGGCAGUCGAGUCACUCAAGAAGCGUCUCAAUGAGAAAUACACGAGCAUCGGAAUUGAAUCGAUUCAGUCCGAGUACUGCUUCAACGUGCAGUACGCCUCGACGCACACGCUCACCCAGCAGGAGAAGGCCACGCUGACCUGGCUGCUGUCAGAGACAUUCGAACCACAAUUCUACGCCGAGACGUCGUUCCUCGUCGCCGCCGACGCCACCCUGCAGCUGGUCGAGGUCGGCCCCAGAAUGAACUUCACCACCACCUACUCGACCAACGCCACCUCCAUCUGCCAGUCGUGUCGUCUGGGCGUUGUCGAUCGCAUUGAGCGCUCUCGUCGCUACCUGGUCAAGACCAGCGCACCCUGGACCGCCGAGCAGCGCCAGGCCUUCAUCGACGAGGUGCACGACCGCAUGACAGAGUGCCCAUACGAGAAGCCCAUCGAGUCGUUCGAGACUGGUGUCGUCCCCCGUCCAGUGACCAUUGUGCCGCUGAUCGAGGAGGGUCGCGCCGCCCUCGAGCGCAUCAACAAAGAGAUGGGUCUGGCUUUCGACGAGGCCGACCUCGAACUGUACACAGACCUCUUCCUCAACCAUCUCAAGCGCAACCCAUCCGACGUCGAGUGUUUCGACAUUGGCCAGUCCAACAGUGAGCACUCCAGACAUUGGUUCUUCAACGGCAACCUGUUCAUUGACGGCGAGAAGACCCCAAGAACUCUCUUUGAGAUCGUCAAGGCCACCCUCAAGGCCAACCCAGCCAAUUCCCUCAUUGCCUUCUGUGAUAACUCCAGUGCCAUCAAGGGAUUCAAAAACACAAAGGUAUUGAUUCCAACCGCUCCAGAGAAGGCCUCACCAUACAAGGCAGGCGAGCGUGAUCAGCCAAUCAUCUUCACCGCCGAGACACACAACUUCCCAUCGGGUGUUGCACCAUUCCCAGGUGCCGAGACUGGCACUGGUGGUCGUAUCAGAGACACUCACGCCACUGGACGUGGUUCAUUGGUCGUUGCCGGUACCGUCGGUUACUGUGUCGGAAACCUCAACAUCCCAGGCUACGAUCUGCCAUGGGAGGACAAAUCAUUCCAGUACCCCUCAAACUUGGCCCACCCCCUGAAGAUCGAGAUCGACGCCUCCAACGGUGCCUCGGACUAUGGCAACAAGUUUGGUGAGCCCGUCAUUGUCGGUUUCACUCGCUCGUACGGUGAGCGUCUGUCCAACGGCGAGAGACGUGAGUGGAUCAAGCCAAUCAUGUUCUCUGGAGGCAUUGGCUUCAUGGACGGCAGACACACCAAGAAGGAGCAGCCUGAGGUUGGCAUGGUCGUCGUCAAGGCUGGUGGUCCAGCCUACCGCAUCGGUAUGGGUGGUGGUUCCGCAUCGUCCAUGGUCGGUGGUGACAACAAGACAGAGCUGGACUUCUCCGCCGUUCAGCGUGGUGAUGCCGAGAUGGGCCAGAAGCUCAACCGUAUCAUCCGUGGUUGCGUCGAGAACGAGAUGUUUGGCAGCGGCAACCCAAUCGUCAGUGUGCACGACCAGGGCGCUGGUGGUGCCGGCAACGUGCUCAAGGAGAUCGCCGACCCAUUGGGAGCCGAUAUCUACUUGUCCAAGAUCCACGUCGGAGACCCAACUCUCUCCGCCAUGGAGAUCUGGGGCGCCGAGUACCAGGAGCAGGACGCCAUUCUGAUGAGAUCUGAGCAUCGUCCAUUGCUCGAGCAGAUCUCUGCUCGUGAGCGUCUCCCCGUCGCCUUUGUCGGUGACGUCACCGGCACUGGCUACGCCCGUCUGGUCGACGAUAAGAGCGCUGACAAGUCCACCCCAGUCAACUUGCCAUUGGAGAAGGUGCUCCAGAAGAUGCCACCAAAGACAUUCUACAGCGAGAGACUGCCCGCCCAGCUCACCCCAAUCACCUUGCCCGCUGAUCUGACCGUCUCUGGCGCUCUGGACCGUGUCCUGCGUCUGUUGUCCGUCGGCUCCAAGCGUUUCCUCACCAACAAGGUCGAUCGUGCCGUCACUGGUCUGGUCGCCCGUCAACAAUGCGUUGGACCACUGCACACCCCUCUGUCUGACGUUGCCGUCAUUGCCUCCAGCUACUUUGGCGUCACUGGUGCUGCCACUUCGAUCGGAGAGCAGCCCAUCAAGGGAUUCAUCUCGCCAGCAGCCAUGGCCUACCUCACCGUCGGUGAGGCUCUCACCAACCUGAUGUUCGCAUCAAUCACCGCUCUCCAGGACGUCAAGUGCUCUGGCAACUGGAUGUGGGCUGCCAAGCUCAAGGGAGAGGGUGCCGCCCUCUACGACGCCGCCGUCUCGAUGGCCGACACCAUGAUCGAGCUAGGCAUUGCCAUCGACGGAGGAAAGGACAGUCUCAGUAUGGCCGCCAAGUCGCCAAACGGAGAGCUCGUCAAGGGCCCAGGUACGCUCGUCGUCUCCACCUACGUCACCUGUGACGACAUCACCAAGACCGUCACACCAGACCUCAAGCUCAACUCAAAGGAGGACAGCGCCAUCGUGUACAUUGACAUUGGUGCCAACAACAACUUCCUUGGUGGCUCUUCCCUGGCUCACGUCUUUGGCCAGGUCGGCAACGACACCCCACACGUCGCAGUCCAGUCACUCAAGUCCACCUUCAACGCUGUUCAGCAGCUCGUCAAGGCAAGACUCAUCACCGCCGGUCAUGACAGAAGCGAUGGUGGUUUGAUCACCACUUUGAUUGAGAUGUCCAUCGGUGGCAACCGUGGAAUGAACAUUGUUCUGCCCGCCACUCUGCUCCCAGCCAACUACACCUCCACCGACAUGUUCAAGCUGCUGUUCACCGAAGAGCUUGGUGCCGCCGUUGAGUGCCGUCGCUCGGACCUCGCCCAGGUCAUGGACAUCCUCAAGCAGAACAACGUCACUGCCUACGAGAUUGGUCACACCGCCACCAACGCCGCCGGUACCGACCGUUUCGUCGUCACCGCCGCCUCCAACAACGCCGUGCUCUUGGACGCCGAGCUGUGCGACCUCAGCCAACGCUGGGAGGACACCUCCUACCAUCUGGAGCAGCUGCAGGCCAACUCUGCCUACGUCGAGAGUGAGAUGCGUGAGCUCAAGAAGCGCGCCACUGGAAGCGGCCGCGGUCCAAACUACCGUCUCAGCUUCACCCCAUCGCCCACCAUCGACCAGUCGCUCAUCUCCAACAACACACCACGUGUCGCCAUCAUCCGUGAGGAGGGCAGCAAUGGUGACCGUGAGAUGGCCGCCUCCUUCUUCAUGGCCGGCUUUGAGGCCUGGGAUGUCGCCAUGUCCGAUCUGAUCGCUGGCAACAUCGUCCUGGACGAGAGAUUCAAGGGAGUUGCCUUUGUCGGUGGAUUCUCCUACGGUGACGUUCUGGACAGCUCCAAGGGCUGGGCCGGUUCCAUCCUCUUCAAUGAGUCCGUCUCCAAGCAGUUCGACGCCUUCUACCAGCGCAAGGACACCUUCUCGCUGGGUCUGUGCAACGGCUGUCAGCUGAUGGCCCUGCUCGGCUGGGUUCCAUUCCGUGGAAUCGCCGCCGCCAAGCAGCCCCGUUUCAUCCACAACGCCUCUGGCCGUUUCGAGUCCCGCUGGCUCACACUCACCAUUGGCAAGUCCAACGCCAUCAUGUUGGCCGGCAUGGAGGGCUCAGUGCUUGGCUGCUGGUCGCAGCACGGCGAGGGUCUCGCCUACUUCCCCGACACAUCGAUCCUGGACGACGUUAACGCCAACAACCUGGCGCCAAUCCGCUAUGCCAACGACCAGGGUGAGGUCUCCACCGUGUACCCAUACAACCCCAACGGAUCGACCGACGGUAUUGCCUCGCUCGUUUCCCGCGACGGUCGUCAUUUGGCCAUGAUGCCACAUCCAGAGCGCAGUUUGAACGCCUGGAACUGGCCAUGGAUGUCCGACAACAUCACCAAUGCCAUUGGUGGUCCAUCACAGCCAUCACCAUGGUUGCGUAUGUUCCAAAACGCUCGUAUAUUCUGUGAAUCA